GACACAGAACAUCAAGAACAAAUAAUUAUCUUAGUCCAUUGAACCGACUUCCGAAAAUGGAGGAACAACUUGGUAACAUGUGGAAUGAAACCGAUUCAAAAAAUGUUAAUGGAGGUUACCAGCGCUAUUACAAAAUGGAUUAUCCGGAAAAGAGUGUUUGUUUAAUACUUAACAUGGAACACUUUGACAUACCAGGUGUAAUAAGGCGUGCAGGCACGCACACAGACAAGAAGACACUAAAGAACACUUUUAAAAAAUUAGGAUUUCAAGUGAGAAUUGAAGAAAAUCUGUCAUGUACAGAGAUAGAAAACGUUCUUCAGAAAGUUACUGCAGAGGACCACAGUCAGAGAAGCUGCUUUGUCUGUGCUGUCCUGAGCCACGGUACUGAAGAUGGGAUUUUUUCACGUGAUCACAUUUUUACAUUGAACUGGUUGGUGACAUUUUUUGAUAAGAACAAUUGCAAGAGCCUUGCCGGGAAACCAAAGCUGUUUUUUAUCCAGGCAUGUAGAGGAGCGGAAUAUGAUUUUGGGAUAGAAACAGACAGCGGAUCAGAGGACAGGAGUUCAGCACCACAACUUCCAAAAGAAGCAGAUUUCUUAUAUGCAUAUUCCACACCCCUGGGGUACUUUGCAUGGAGAAACUCAGAAUAUGGUUCCUGGUUCAUCCAAUCUCUGUGUAAGAUGCUGCAAGAACAUGGAAGCAAGCUUGAAUUGAUGCAAAUUUUGACCAGAGUCAACCAUAAAGUGGCUUUAGAGUAUGAGUCCAGCAUUGGUGGAAAGGAGAUCCCUUGUUUUGUCUCUAUGCUAACUAAAGAACUGUAUCUAACACCUCAGUCUACGUGAAAGGGUUAUGUUAUAUCUUAUACAAAAAAAGAAUUAAAAAAUAUUCAAGUUACUGUAAACAUUAAAAAAAAAAUCUACAAAACUGCAGGUGAGUGUCCAUAACUCCAAUUCUAUGUGCAGUUUUAAACCAGAAUUCU